ACUUCGGGCGGGAGUCUGGUGAGGAAGAGAUUGGGAGCGGUCCCGAUGCCGCCUGCUAAAAGAGCUUUGAAGCUGGAAAAGCUUAUCACAGAAAAAGUGCCAGCAACAUCAUCACUAAAAGGAAAGAAAAAUGGCAUUUCUUUUUCACCAAUAACAGGAACACGUCUAAUCAGUCCAUUUUCAAGUCCCAGGAGUAAUCAUGUAGAAGAGCAGAGAAAUGGCCUAUCAAAUGAAAAUAGAGAGCCUUCCAAAAACCUGCCAAUCCAAUCACAUAGAAAGGAGCAACAUCAAAUGGAAAACAAUGACAAACUCUUGAUACUGCAGUCUGAAGUUGAACAUUCCCUAGAGAGAUUCUUGAAGAUCCGAAAAAACCUAGUCAAUCUGCAGGCUUUAGAGGGCACCAGAGAGCUGGACAAUAUUCUAGGCAUUUCAGACAAGUCUGGUAACUUAAAAAGUGAAGUGAGAAAAACCAGGAAACUGAUUGAGCAAGUCAGAAAAAGAAAGCUGCAAAAAUGGAAUGCUGUAAGACUUUCUGCCCAAGGUUAUUGCCUGGAAUUCUCUGGUGGCCUCCCAUUCAGAUACUCCCCAGGCCUGACCCUGCUUGACUUCCCAGUCCAGCCAAGGUCAGCCAGGUGCUGCAUCAGCUGAGAAGUUUGGAAUGCAGACUACAGGUCAUAGCAAGCAGUUGCCUGAUAAACUGUUAUCUUCUCCAUUUAAAAAGUAUAUUCUGAGCUUGCUGUGUAAGGGAUUCAAAAUAACAUUGGCUGGAAAUAAUGGAAGUUGUAGUCCAGCACAUCUGGCUCAUGGAAAACUGGCUCAUGGUAAAUCACUGUGUAACUUAGUAAGACAUUUUAUAAAUUUAGCCAAAAUAAGAGGGGUUUGAUGUUCUUGUUUAAUGACCUUUCAGCAUUUUAUGCCUGUCUGUCAAAGAUGGGUUUUUUUACACUUGCAAAUCAAACUUGAUUACCUAUAAAAUAAUACCAUUCACUGUGGCAUUAUCUUUGUUACAAUAUUUUUCUUAAUACUUUUACAAUUUUAAUACAUUCUUAGAGUCCAAUCCUAUGCAUAUAUCCUCAAAAGCAAUCCCUAGUAUAUUCAGUAUGGCUAAUACUGUGGUUUAUUUCUCAGAAAUACAUUCCAAUAGCACGCUGUAAGACAGAAACUUUGCAUUGCAAUCCCAUACAUGUCUACUCAGAGGUAAACUCCUUGGAGUUCAAUAGGCUCUCAGAAAAGUGAGUGUACAAUAUUGUGGUCUUACUUCCCUUUGAAGACUGAACCACUCUUGAAACUAUUUUGUAAAGAAACUAAGUUUGGGCUGUAUUGAUUUUCGUGUGGCAUUUUUUGCUUUACCUGAUAUUUUAAUCUGUCUAGCAGAGAAAUGCUACUUAGUAGGAAGAAAAAUGGUUAGUACUUCAUUAUUCUUUUGACCUCUGAAUACUGUAGGAUAAUGCUUUUUUCAUUGUAUAAAAAAUGAUUGUCUUAAUCUUUAGCAUAGCAGUAGUUGAGAUGUUAAUUUUAAAAUACAGCUUUCAGGGUAUGUAGCAUCAUAGAUUACAGUAAUGUUAGCUAUUUUGAAAGCAAACUAUGUUUCAAUAAUGUUCUAUACUUUGUAGAUUAAAUGUUAUUCAUCUGGUUGGCUGUGAUACACAUUUACAUAAGAUAUAUAACUGAGUGUCUUCAGAUAUAUUCAAAACCAACUAGACAAAUACUCCCAAACAUACACUGACUUAUCAAGUUGCAUUCCUUAUAGGCAAGCCUUCCAGCAUUGCAUCAUGAACCUGGAUCCAACUGUUGUACGUUCUCAUUUGUUGUAAUUUUUUUUCUUUCAGUGAGCUUUACAAUAACACAGAAAUAUGAAUAUCAAGUGAAAUGAAAAUUUAAAUUAUAAAUUUUUAUCAGUACAGUGUACAUGACUACAAACGCUCCAAAAGAAUACCAGUUUCUUUUCUUUCAGACAUGUAAUGGUUAUUUAAAAUAAAACAGGGUGUGGGAAGGCACACUGGAGGCGAUUAAUAGCAAUUACAUUUAAAGAGGUGUAAAUAACUUGCUAUCCAGACAUUAUAAAUAUCCAGGUGCUCUCUAUGUGCUGAUGACAACAAAAUUGAAAAGAAAGUCGGUAAUAAUUCUGACUGGUUUUCUCUGCAGAAGAUAUUGAUUAUUUGUGUGUGGUGAGAGAUUUGGAAAAUUCAAUUAAAGGAGUUGUGCAAAGGUUUCAUAAAUUUUCCUUGUACAGCGUGUACACAGACAAUGUUGCGUAUUAAAUCAAUGCAGCACUUCACAAUAUAUUUUCUUUGAAACAUAAAAAUAAAUAACAUUUAAACAGUUCUGCUUACUACAGAAACAAGUUUUAUUUUCUGUGAAGCAUUUAGUCAUGUGCUAUCACUGACUCAUACACAUUUGCCAGCUGUAACAAAUUUUAUAGACAUUUUCUCCAGAGACAUAGUUCAUGUACUAUGAAUUUUUAAAUGAGCAAAUGGUGAAGAGGAGAUGUCAGCAAUAUAAAAAUUGAUCAGUUAAAAGAUAAAAGCAUAAGUAAAGAGAUUUGUAUGGUAGUCUUAAUAGGUUUUAUUAAAUAAAAAUACUAUAAAAGAACCAUAAUGAAUAGACUAAAGAUUUUAAGUGUGCUUGAGGGUUAUGGAGAAAAAUUAUUCUGGCACAUUUAAGAAAAGAGGUUUUAUAUCAGCAGACAAGUGACCAUUUUCCUGUAUCCCUCUUCACUAUCCACUUUGGAGUUGCGUGUGGCUUAAAAUGCUCAAACUUUGCAUGUGCUUGCAAAAAACAAAGCAAAAAUCCAGAGUAAACUUUCAGAGAGUUUUGGUCUCUUGUGAUAUGGAUGAGAUUCUUAUUGACUUCACCCAAUAGAUACAAUUACCACUUGAAGUUGAAUGUCCCGUAUUAUCUUUGAGAAGGUAAUAUCUUCCCACUAUUUACCUUCUUGUGAGACAAAAAAAUGGUGACUAUAAUAAAAACAUGACAAAAUGACUAAUACAGAGUAAAUGGAAUGGAUUAGGUUUGGGAGUGUUUUGGGCUUUUUUUUUUUUUAGGUUUUUAACCUUUUUUCAAGGUUAUGGGACACCAGUAAUCCUAAAAAAGUAAAUAUCUAUUCUGGCCACUGCUGUUCAGAUGAAAAAUCUUCAGCCUUUACAUUUAUUUGAAUUUAAUUGUAAGUUAUAUUCUAUAGUGGCCCAUUGGAAUCAGUAAAUAAGUGGGAAGAACUGCAACCUAGAUUGUGCUGUAUUUUGUGUCUUAAGUGUGUUAAAACACCAUGUUAAGCAUAAGUUUUUCUUGUU